AUCACACCUACACCCAUUUCCAUAACAAUUCACUUCUUACUCGCGACCCUUUUUCAUGGCUUCUAUUACCUCUUCAUGCCUUGUGCUUCUUAUUCCUCUGCUUGUGAGCCUUUACACUCGUGUCUGUGUUGCUGGAAACUUCAACCAAGACUUUCAGAUUACAUGGGGAGAUGGUCGUGCAAAAAUUCUCAACAAUGGAAAUCUUCUCACUCUCUCACUUGAUAAGGCCUCUGGCUCUGGCUUUCAGUCCAAGAAUGAAUACUUAUUUGGCAAAAUUGAUAUGCAGCUCAAGCUUGUUCCUGGAAACUCUGCUGGCACCGUCACUGCCUAUUAUCUCUCCUCAAAGGGAUCAACAUGGGAUGAGAUUGACUUUGAAUUCUUGGGGAAUCUAAGUGGUGACCCUUAUAUUCUACACACCAAUGUGUACAGCCAAGGCAAGGGCAACAGGGAGCAGCAAUUCUAUCUCUGGUUUGACCCAACUGCGGAUUUCCACACAUACUCAAUUCUCUGGAAUCCCCAACGCAUUGUUUUUUCAGUGGAUGGCACCCCCAUCAGGGAGUUCAAGAAUUUGGAAUCAAUUGGAGUUCCUUUUCCAAAGAACCAAGCCAUGAGGAUAUACUCAAGCCUUUGGAACGCUGAUGAUUGGGCCACAAGGGGUGGACUCGUUAAGACUGAUUGGUCCAAAGCACCUUUCACCGCUUCAUAUAGGAAUUUCAAUGCAAAUGCUUGUGUAUGGAACGGUGGAAAAUCCUCAUGCAAAUCAAAUUCAGCUUCCUCUGCAUGGCUAUCACAAGAGUUGGAUUCAACGGGUCAACAGAGGCUGAAGUGGGUGCAGAAGAACUACAUGAUUUACAAUUACUGCUCAGACAGGAAGAGGUUUCCCCAAGGCCUCCCACUGGAAUGCACUCGUUCCUAGACCACUGGGAUUGUCAAAUUCACUUAGUUUGUUCACCUCUAGCCACAAUGUGUUACAUUAAAUUCUUUUAUUCCGUUUAUAUGUUUGUAGUUGCGAUGUAAAACAUCAUGUGUAAAAUAACGUUUUGUUAUUUGCAAAUUGUAUGUCCAAACUUUAC